AUGGAGUUCCGCUACUCAGAGUACAUUGAUCCAACUACCUACGAGACUCAUGGUCUCUGCGAUGGCAUUGACCUCCGCAUCCAUAAAGACCCCCAUGGGGAAAUCAGAGGUGCUUUAAGAUGCCAGCAUGAUUGGACCAGACUGGUGGCUCCCGUGAAACAACCAUUCUGGGGCACAUUGGGUGAUCCUUAUAGCUUUGUUCGGGUGACUAUUCCAGAGACGCUCCCCGAGAGACUUGAGAUUUUGUCAUACGCGAAUGAAUUUGCGUUCAUAUAUGACGAUGCCAUUACAGAGGACUUAGAUCAGAGAUUGGACUCGAGUAAUCGCCGCGAGAUCCUCGAUGAGUUUGGAUCGAGUAACUUUUCAUUACAGCAGCAGAAGGACAGAGCUCACCACAACCAACAAGAUGCGGCACUUCGGCGAGAGGGCGUGAAGCAGAUUCAAGAACAAAUUUUCAAAGAAAUGCUUGCUAUCGAUAAGGAGCGAGCAAUCACCACAAUGAAAAUGUGGCAAAAAUUCGUCAAAGUUCAAAGUAGCCGGAAACGUUCGGAGCCAUUCUCUGGUUUAGAUGAAUAUUUACCUUAUCGGAUAAGUGAUGCAGGAGAGCUAUUCUGGUUUGGCUUAAUUACAUUCGGUAUGGGUCUGACAAUUCCGGAGCAUGAAAUGAGCCUUUGCAAGGAGCUGGAUCAACCCGCUUGGGAAGCUCUAGCCCUAACCAACGAUCUCUACUCCUGGGAAAAGGAGCGGGACGACGCAGCAAAAGCCGGGGAAGCGCUCGUCGUCAAUGCGAUUUGGAUUUUGAUGCAACAAUAUUCAGUUUCGGAAACCGAAGCUAAGGAUCUCUGUCGACAGAAGAUCAAGGAGUCUGUUUCCAGGGCAGUUCAGAUUGCCGAAAGCACUAGAAACCGGACUGAUUUGUCACUGGACUUGCGGCAAUACACAGAUGCCAUUACAUACAGUGUCAGUGGAAAUCUGGUCUGGAGUAUCUAUUGCCCACGUUAUCAUGCAAAACAAGUGGAGAGAAACAAUGUCUUUCUAUCAGAAUAUCUUCGAGAGGAGAGUUUCGACCCGCAAGAUCAGUUACAUCAGCAGCCGCAGAUGAGUCAAUCGAAUCAUAAUGCACAAGAUAAUAAUCAUGCUACGUCUGGGAGCUAUAGCCACAACAAGUACACAUCGAAUAAUUCAAGGGCUUCCUCUUCUUUCCAACUGCGGCAGAAUUCUGACUUGUUAAACAUCGCAGUGGGUAGGAAACAGUCAUGAUGCAUUUCAGCGUUUGUCAGUUUCUCUUAUCACCUCAACCAAUGUUAUCUUUACUCUGGUCAUGAAUUUCAUUUGUUCUAUUCUAGCGUCGUCUAUAGUACCUAGAAGUAGAAUUAGUUGAUGUUGCAAGCUC